UGCACGUGCGCACGGCGGGCGGCCGGAUGGCUGCGAUCCGCUGCAUCGCCGCCCUUCGCGGGGCGCCGGGCCUCUGGCGGCGGGCGCCGGGGGCCGCCGGGGGGCUCCAGGGCCCGCGCCCCGGGAGGGGCUACGCUGCGAGCCCCGCACAGAGCUCACCCACCUUUGGGUUCUUACUGGACAUUGAUGGAGUGUUGGUGCGGGGCCACAAAGUGAUCCCUUCGGCUCUGGAAGCCUUCCGCAGGCUGGUGAACUCCCAGGGCCAGCUGCAGGUGCCUGUGGUCUUUGUCACGAAUGCUGGCAACAUCUUACAAGAUGGCAAAGCCCAGGAGCUCACAGCCCUGCUGGGGGUCAAGGUGGAUCCAGACCAAGUCAUUCUCUCUCACAGCCCCUUGAAGCUCUUCUCCAAGUACCACGGGAAGCGAAUGCUAGUGUCUGGGCAGGGGCCUGUGGUGGAAAAUGCCCGGUUACUGGGCUUUGAGAAUGUGAUCACCGUGGACAAGCUGCGGAUGGCCUUUCCUGUGCUUGACAUGGUGGAUCUGGAGCGGCGGCCGAAGAGCACGCCCCUUCCCAGGACAGACUUCCCUGCCAUUGAAGGAGUGCUCCUCCUGGGGGAGCCAGUCCGCUGGGAAACAAGCCUGCAGCUGAUCAUGGAUGUGCUUCUCAGCAACGGGAAUCCUGGGACUGGACUGGCGACGGCUCCUUAUCCCCACCUCCCUGUCUUGGCCAGCAACAUGGAUCUCCUUUGGAUGGCUGAAGCCAAGAUGCCCAGGUUUGGCCACGGCACCUUUCUGCUGUGCCUGGAAGCCAUUUACCGGAAAGUGACGGGCAAAGAGCUGCGAUAUGAGGGCCUGAUGGGCAAACCCAGCGUCCUCACAUACCAGUACGCGGAGGAUCUGAUCCGGCAGCAGGCAGAGAGGCGGGGCUGGGCUGCCCCCAUCCAGAAGCUCUAUGCGGUCGGUGAUAACCCCAUGUCUGAUGUCUACGGUGCCAACCUGUUCCACCAGCACCUGCAGAUGGCGAAGCGUGAGGGGCCUGGGGACCUGCAGAAGCAGCGGCCCUCCGCCACGCAGAGCUGUACCUCCAUCUUGGUGUGCACUGGUGUGUACAGUCCCCAGGUCCCGGGGGCCACACAGCCUGCCCUGGGCGGGGAGGAGGCUCCAUUCCACGGGCACCGGGACUUUGGCUUCAACCCAGGGCUCAUGCAGGCGUCCCAUGUUGUGCGCGACGUGGACGAGGCUGUGCAGCUCGUUCUCCACAAGGAAGGCUGGACUUUGUAGCAGGGGCCAUGCGUGGGGGCAGGACAGCCUGGAGCUCCAGGGAGUCCUGCUUGUGGCCUUCUGCUUGGGUCGCUGGCAGGCGGCCACUCAGGGCCUGCUUCCUGCCGCAGCCCGGCUGGGAGGGGGGGCACUCACUGGCUUUCUCCCCUGCGGGGCAGCAGCCACAGAAUCUUACCCUGGGAACACUGGGGGUAGAACUCUCGGGAUAUUGUGGGCACAGUUCCGUCUGCCACCCUUGGCAGUCUGACCUCAGGCCAGUCUCUUUACCUCUGUGCCUCAGUUUCCUCUUCGUUUGAUUAGGGCCUGCUGAAAAAAAGGGAGGCGGUGUGGAGUUAUGUGGUAA